AUGAAAUUUGUGAUAGAGCCUGCAAAAAAAUGUGCAGGAAGAUUAGGUUUAUUAACAGGUAUUGAUCGAAUCCCAGAUAAAUCAUAUAAAACACCUCUUCUCCUAUUUACCGAGCAAAAUUUGUCACGAGAGGUUCUUGAAAUUUCUGGAUUCCAAAACAUUGCUGUUUUAUUAUCUUUUGACUGUUCAGUUCAGAUGACAAAUGCAUUGAAACUGUACAAGAAAGGCAUAUCCGAAUUCAUUGGAUUAAAAGAAUGCCUAACAUUUGUUACAAUAAAAAAUCCUUGUUAUCCAUGUCUCACUGGUCAUCACGAAAAAGGUUCACUUCCAGUGUAUAAAAAAUCAGGGAAAAUCAAUGUAACAUCUGAAGACUAUAUGACAUUUAUAAAAGAAUCGAUGCCUGAUUUUUUUGUUACGCUAGCUGACGGAGAUACAUGGCAUGAUUGCUCGAAAAAAAGGAUUAUUAAAUCAAAUGAAAGAAGCAAUGAGAUGCUUGAUGAAUGCAUAAAACAUCAACAAGGUAUUAAAGUCAAGUGGAGCAAAAUGAUUGGUACUGUUGAAGGAGGAUAUAGUGAGCACGAGAGACGGAAAAGUGUAGAUCAUAUAAAACAGCAUGAUGAAAAGAUAAUUGGUUAUUUUAUAGACGGUCUCCAUAGAAAUGGACAUGAUGCAGUUUCUUUGGAUUCCAUAAAAGUUAAUGAAAUUGUUAAAUAUACUUUGUCAAUAUUGCCUCAUGAUAAAAUUAAGAUAAUGCUUGGAGCAUUUUUACCUAAUCAAGUUCUUGAACUUGUGUCUAUAGGAAUUGAUGUAUUCGAUUCGUCGUUUGCAAUUUUGGUCUCAAAAAUGAAUCGUGCAUUAACUUUUAACUUUAAUCUCCAAAAUCCAGCAUUAUUAGACAGUGGUCCUGAGAUAGAUUUGACAGAUUCAAAAUACAAGGAUGACUUUUCUCCUUUUGUUGAAUCGUGUCAGUGCUUAACAUGCAAACAACAUACAAAAGCUUAUACUAAUCAUCUGCUCAACACAAAAGAAUUGCUUGGUCCAAUGCUCUUAACAAUACAUAACUUACAUCACUACAAAAUGUAUUUUGAAGCAAUUCGUGAGUGUAUAAAAAACGAUGAAUUAUCAGACUUAAAGGAAAUGAUUGACGUGCAGUAUAAGAAUAAAACUUUUAGCUACGAAGUCCAGAAAAAUGUCGCUCAAACGAAUUGA